AUGGACCAUCACUUUUCUCAUCACGUAUCCAAUACCCCGGAUGACAUCGCCAUCGACGAUGAAUCGCGACAAUGGUCAUACGCGGAUCUCGAUCACGAGGUCCAGCAAGUCGCGGACUGUCUCAAGGGGUUGCAGCUGCCUGCUGAAGAACCCAUCUGUAUCCUGGAAGCCGUGGGCAAUGCAACCAUCAUUGCCCAACUCGCCGUCAUCCGCACCGGGCUGACAUGUGUGCCCCUUGAACCAUCCAUACCCACCCUGCGCUUGAAGACCCUGUUGAAAGAUAUCGGGGGUCGAUACAUCCUCUCGAAUCAGUCGCCGGAUAUCGGGGACGACAUGACCAUCAUCCCAAUCAGUGGCGAACAUAACCCCAAGUCCAUCCCCAAAGAAAAGUCCAACGGCGUCAACGGGACCCAGGUCGACGGGUCCAAGGAAACUCAGGGCUAUCGCAGCCAUAUCCUCUACACGUCCGGCUCCAGCGGCAAACCCAAGGCGGUGCAGAUUACAGAAACUAGUAUCCUCCACAUGGCCUUCGAAACGUUUGUGGCGCCGCUUGAGUCAUCCGACCGCGUGGCCGUCAUCAACAAUCCUGGCUUUGAUAUCUCCCUCUUUGAGAUCUUCGUCCCUUUGGUGGCAGGGGCUACCCUGGUCAUCGUCCCCCGGGAUAUCAUCAUGGAUCCGUUUGAUGCGAGGGAUUUUAUCGCGCGCAAGAACAUUUCCAUCAUGAUUCUCACUGCUCAACUCUUUUCCAUCAUCGCACAGGUCUCCCCUGACGCCUUUGCGGGAGUGAGACAUGUACUCACGGCCGGGGAAGUCGCCAAUCCAUCCAGCAUGAAGGCCGUCCUGGAAUCCAGCCACCCCCCUCAGCAUGUAUGGAACACCUAUGGCCCUACGGAAACCACCACCCUCUCGACCAUGCACGAAGUGACCCAUAAAGAUCUUGACUACGACAACAUCAGCAUUGGCAAACCGUUCGGCGAUACACUGCUUCACCUGUAUGACGAACAGUCCAACCGCAUCACCAAGCCCGACACCGUCGGAGAGAUCCUCCUGGGCGGAUCCGGUCUGACCCCCGGGUAUAUCGGCCGUCCCAAGGAAAACGAGGAGCGAUUCUUCACCGACAACGACGGCAAUCGGCUGUAUCGCACCGGCGACUUUGCCCGCUGGCGCUCGGAUGCCCCCGACCUGCUCGAGUUCAUGGGCCGGGCUGAUCUCCAAGUCAAGCAGGGCGGGUUCCGCGUCGAACUGGGCGAGAUCGAACAGGUCUUCCUGUCCAGCACCUGGCUCGUAGGGGCCGUCGUGGUCCAAAUCCAGCCGGACACCCCCGACGACGAGGCCUUCCUCGUGGCGUUCCUCAUCCCCGCCGUUUCCAACAGCGUCGGACCGCGAGAGAUGACGGAAUACAUCCAGCCCCGAGUUCCAGGCUAUGCCAUCCCGCGCGACAUUGUCUUCUGCUCGAAAUACCCCAUGACGGACCACGGCAAGGUGGAUCGCAAAGGCCUCGCUCAACAAUAUCGCGACCAACAUCCUCAAUCGGAUACUCCAUCCGACACCUCCAGGGAUACCACCACCACCCUCAAAUCCAUCUGGACCUCUAUUCUCGGGGUAUCCAAGAUCUCCGACUCGGACGACUUCUUCACCACCCACCGCGGUUCCUCUCUCCAAGCCGCCGCACUCAUCUCCAAGAUCCAAAAACAACUCGGCAAAACCCUCUCCAUGCGCUCCCUCUACGAACACCCCCGUCUCUCCGACCUCGUCGCCUGCCUGGACCAAUACACCGAAGGCGGCAACGCGCCAGAUGACCGCUCGCAAUGGCUCUCUGACGCCCACAUCGCCGACGACCUCCACGCCGUCCCGGACUGGCAAUCCCCCGACGAAGGCCGGAUCUUCCUGACCGGCGCCACCGGCUUCGUGGGCGCGCACUUCCUCAACCGAUUCCUCCAAAUGCCCACCAUCAAAGAAGUCGUCUGUCUCACGCGGGGCAAAUCCGGCCAACCCUCAAGCGAACGGGUCCAAUCCGUCCUCCAACGCUACGACCUCUGGACUACCUCCGCCCCUAACAUCAACAAACUCACCGUCCUCACCGGCGACAUCACUAUCCCGCACUUCGGCCUCGCCCCCGACACCUUCACCUGGCUCACCAACUGGGCCAGCAUCGUCUUCCACCUCGCCGCCAAAGUCAACUUCUGCGAGCCCUACGCCGCCCACUACGACGCCAACGUCCUCGGCACGCGCCACACCCUCGAAGUCGCCACCACGGGCCGGCGCAAAGCCUUCAUCCACAUGUCGAGCAUCGACGCCUGGGGCCCGACGGGCCUCGUCCUCGGCACGAAACGCCUCCUCGAAGACGAGCCUCUCGACCCACACCUCGGCGGCCUCCCCUACGACAUCGGCUACGCCGCCAGCAAAUGGGUCACGGAAAAAAUGGUCCGGUCCGCCCGCUCCCGCGGCCUCGCCACGAUGAUCUUCCGCCCGGGGUUCAUCAUCGGGGACUCGCAAACGGGGUGCGGCAACCCAGACGACUUCUUCGCGCGCUUCAUCAUGGGAAGCAUCAUGCUGGGGGCCUUCCCACACCUCCCGAACCAACGCCUCGAAUACGUCACCGUCGACUACGUCUGCGCCGCAACCCUGCACAUCGCCUCGCAGAACACCAACCUCGGCCGCUCCUACAGCCUGGUGGCCCCGGACCCUGAGGACUCCGUAACCAUCGACGCCACGCACGACGUGAUCAACAAGGCCGGGUAUCCCGUGAAAAUGAUCCCCUACUGGGACUGGGUGCGGAUGUUACAGGAGGAAGCAACGCCCGAGAAUCCACUGCAGGCGGUGAUGCCGUUACUGCAGGAGCCGGUGCUGGGACGAUUUUCGCGGUUCGAGACGAGUCGGAACACGCCGCAUUAUGAUGCGCGGAAUGCGGUAGAGGCGUUGAGGGGGGCGGAGGGGGUGGGUAUUAAUCAGGGGCUUAUUUAUUCACCUGAAGCAGCUGGAAUACUGUACAGCCUAGAGUACACAAUCAGAGAUUCAUAUUCUCCCUUCCAAUGA